GUAGACAAAACCCAACAGCCACAGGCUUUCCAUCCAAUAGAAACCACUCCGGCCAGUCGGCGGGGGAGGAUCCACACGUCUUACUUCAACUCACGAGGCGGGUUGCGCCUGGUGGGGCUACGCCGAGGAGGCGGAAGAGAUGAACCCAGGAUCCCGCCGGCCUGGUAGGGAGCGAGGGAGGGGGGGGCGCAUCUGACACGCCCAGGCCGCGCGUGGGCUUGUGAAUGAACCACGUGGCACAGACUCCUUUCCAGCUCUGGAGACGCGCCUGUGCCUGGGACUCUUCAUAGAAAUUUAGCGCUUUCUCCGCCGGUUCGCUCGCCGCUGCCAGCCAGUCCAUCCGGAAUCAGCCCGGCAUGGAGGCAACAACGCGCCGCUCCCCCUACAGCUUCUCCGCCGUUUGCUGCCUCCUCGCUGGAACCUUCCUGCCGCUGCCAGGUAAAAGAGCCUCCGAUCGCUUCUUUUCGUCCUAGGUGGGACUUUGGAAUCGAACGCUCUCGCGGGAAAGUGUCCUGAUCCUUAAUGGGUUCUUGAGAUCCCCUAGAGGGCGCGCGCUUGGGUGGCAUCCUAUAAGUCUCUCAGAGGAGCCAGUACCUACCCUGUGUUUGCUAAUACCCCAGCUUUAUUACCGUGUCUGAUGAUCUGGCUUUUUCAUGUGAUCGCCCUAGAUUUUCCGCAGCCCAGGAGACAGUUCUGCUCCCUGCGUGCUACUAUCCUAAGGGACUGACUCUGUAGCUUCGCUCCCACCCUGGACACCAAGGUGGGUUUUCCCCGCCCCCUUAGAGCGCAAGAACUUUCUAUAUCUGUAUGGAAACUUGUGAGCUUGAGGCGCUGUAGUGUCUGCCCAGAUGGUGUCCUUCCUUUCGGCGGGGCCCCCAUUUCCCGGAGUUCCGCCGUCGGUCCUUGCAAGCUGUUGUGAUUGUUGGUUUAUAACAUGAGAAUGUCCGGGUUUAAGGCUUUAUCCUCGACUGAUCUGGAAUUUCGAAGCCCUGAAGGAGGCGCUUGGCCGGGAGAGAGAGCAGUCAGGAAAAUGCACUCUGCAUAGGCUUGUAGUCUCGUCUUUUGUGAGUAGUUCUGCUUCACAUUUCGAAAUUCGGCAUUCAGAAACAUUACAGUGGUACCUCAGGUUAAGAACUUAAUUCGUUCUGGAGGUCCAUUCUUAACCUGAAAGAAUUCUUAACCUGAGGUACCACUUUAGCUAAUGGGCAGUGGCGUAGCAUGGGGGGUGAGGGGGGGCCGGCCGCACCGGGCGCAACAUCUGGGGGUUAGGGUUAGGGGGCGCAAAUCCACGGGUUAGGGGGCGCAAAUUACUUGCCUUGCCCCGGGUGCUGACAACCCACGCUACGCCACUGCUAAUGGGGCCUCCCGCUGCCGCCGCGUCGCCAUUACACGAUUUCUGUUCUCAUCCUGAAGCAAAGUUCGUAACCCGAGGUACUAUUUCUGGGUUAGCGGAGUCUGUAACCUGAAGCGUCUGUAACCUGAGGUACCACUGUACUGGGUCUGUGCCCCGGCUCAAAUGAAGUCCUUGCUUGGAUGGAUCUAGUUUUCACACCCUCUUUAUGUUUGAUGGAGGCUCCUUGUGCUGUGCUUUCCCCCUAUCCUUGAUUCCCUCUCAGUUUCUCCCUGACUAGUUAUUUAUUUAGUCAUUCAAUUUAUAUCCCAUCUUUCCUCCCCAAAGAGCCCAGGGCGGCAAACACAUCAGACUUACACAGACACAUCAGACUAAAAACAGUUAAAAACUUUCUCGCAACCAGUAAUCUCAAGGUUGCUAGGAACAGUGCAUUUCAGCCGUCAGAUGCCUGGGUAAACAGAAAUGCUAAAUUCCGCCUGAAAGUCAAUAACAAAUUAGGCUUUUCUGUUGGUUGGUUGUUUGCUGGUUGCAGACAAGUCUGAAACUAUGACGUUUCCUCACCUCCUGGUGGGUGGGACAGUGGUGCUGUUAGGGCAGGAUGCUGGGGCAGAAGUCCAGGACCACACGAAGACAAUGAUGUUUCAGAAGUUCUUAGAUGGUGUUGGGGAAAUCGUUAGUCACUUUCUGCCCAGUGUGAUUGAUGUACCUUUUCAAGAAACUAGAUCAAACUCCAGGAUUUAGACAUGCACUAGAAAUAACGGUCAGAGCUGCUUGUUUUUAUAUCUGGGUCCACCCAUAUGAAAGCAGGGGUCUGAUUUAAAGAGCCUCCUGAAAAGUUUGUGGGGGAGGGGGUUGGUAAAUGGGAAGAUAAUCAGCCAUAUUUUUCUUGCAGAAUGUAUGUACCACAAAUAACUGACAUGGGCAUGUGAGGGCAGGUGCGCCAUGAGCUGUUUUUGUGGAUCAGUCAGUGUAGCAGACUUAUUUGCAAGGCUGCUGUCUUCAUUCUUACUCUGCUCCCAAACCUGAGAGAGGCUGCAUUUGAAUAUAACACUAAACCAUGGCUUGGCAUUGUGGCACAACUGGCCUCUGGCUAGUACACUUUCCACCAUCUGCAUAGUCAGGAGUAGGAUUUGGGCAGCAUUUACUUUCAGUUUCCCAGAAUCUCAGCUUGUCAUUAAGGACUUAGGAAGAUGCUUUAAUAUGCUUUGUUAGACCAUAGGUCCAUUUAGCUCAGUAUUGGCUACAGUGCUUGAAACAGUUCUCCAGGGUUUCCAGCUCUCCAGGGUUUCCAACCCUCUCUGGAAAUGCUGGGGAUUAAAGCUGAGUCCUUCUGCCUGAAAAACAUAUGCUCUACCACUGAGCUAUGACUGUACACUGAGCUACAACCUAUGGUCACUGCAUCUGAACUGGUGGUUGUGGACUAUCACGAAUUACCUCCCAUUUCAAAACAAGUUAGCUUCAAAUGGUGGGCUAUGAAGCUAGUUUGCUAAAACUGACCAUAAUUUAAACCACAGGUCUAACACAAUGGUGAGCAGAGACUCUGGGUAAAUUGUGGUCACAUAAUCAUCCCAGCUGCAUGGGAUGAGGGAGCAUGCAAGCCUGAGUGCUAAAUUAUGGUUUAAUGUUGCAUCUAAAUGCAGCCAAAGUUGCAACAAAUUUUACCAGACAAAUCCACUUUGGAAGCAAUAAAGGCAACCAGUCAAAGAGUUAUUUGUUACAAGUCUCCUUCUUGUUCUAAUUCUGGAAGGGAAAAAUAAAAGCAAGCUGUGUGGUCUGCUGAAAUUCUGCUUCCCUUGCAGAGCCUUCAUGAGAUAGCAGAUCCAAGAGGUGGUUCAGACAAUCUCUGAGUUAGAACUAAGAUAGGUCCAAGCAGUUUCUCUUUAAAAAAGUGACUGGGCUGAAGAUGCUUAGAUAUUUUAAGUGUUUUUAAGUUCUGUUCCUGAGCCGUUGGAAUGGCUGUCUCCGGAAUUGCUAAGGACUCCCUGUGGCAGGAGUUCAAAUUUGCCUGCCAGCUCAGUCUCAGCUAACCAAUCAGGUACUCGUCUUGUUCAGUAGUGCCUUACCCAGCUAAAUGAAGAAACCCACUUCCUUCAAAUGACUUUCAAAAAUAUAAAACUCCUUCUGAAAGUUUUUAUUUUAUUUUUUGGUCUGUGAAUUUUGGCUUUGUCUCCUGAAUGCCUCUGGCUGUGUCUGGGUAGUAGUUGUGUUUGCUUGUCUUCUGUACAUGCACGUCUUCAGCGGAGCCCUGAUUUGCAGAGAAGCAUAAAGCUUAGUUUGUCACAGUUCCAGGCCCUGCUCUAUUGCCCUGAGGUCACAGAUACACUGGGAGCAGUGUGUAACACAGCCAACAUGGGCAGUGUCUGUCUCCUCCUCUCUUCCCACUCCCACCCCAACGCUGCCUUAGUUGCUCUUGCAGCUUUGGAAAUGAAAUGGGACACGUUCAAUCCAAGGGGCCUUGUGCAACAGAGGAAGAGACAAUUGAAUGUAGAGAAAUGUGAUGGGUGCCAGCCACUUCCAAAGCCUCAGGUGCAAGUAACUGGAGCAGGCUGCUGCUUUGUUGCUGUCGGAGAAUUUGGGAAACAAAGUAAGGCUAUCUCUUGAAAACUACUGUAAUGUUUUCAACUAGUGUGCCAUGGCACCCAGGGGUGUCGUGGACAACACUGGCCUCUGGCCCUCUUUCUUUCCUUCCCUUCUUCCUCUGAUGCCCUCUUGCUUCUGUGCCUUCCAAAGGCUUGCACAGCUGUUUGUUGCAGCAGCCCUGGCUAUAAACUCCCCAGAGGAAUGGUGCCUAUGGGGCUGGUCAGGGGGUGCUUCCCAGGCCCUUGUGGGGCAGUGUGAGGAGGCACCUCUCUUUGGGGCAGGGUGGGCAGCUCAGAGGAGGGGUGGCAGCAAGCGGGGUGGCAGCAAGGAGAGGGGAGAGGAGGUUGAGGGAACCCUCCACAAGGGAGGGUGUUUGAAAAGGCUGCCAGCUCUGCAGGCAAGGGGUGACAUAACUGGGCUCCUGAGCCCGACAGGGGUGCCACAGAAAUAAUGCAGUAGGUCAAGGGAGCUGUGGACCCAAGAACGUUGAAAACCCUGUCUUAUUAUACCACCCUUUUUGGUAAAGAUUCUUUCAUGUUAAACAGAACAUGUUGGUGGGGUGGCAGCUAAGAGUUGCUCCAUUUUCGCAAAGCACUUCUGGGGCCAGUGUUCUGUGUUUGUGUCUGUGGAUUAAAUGUGUGUACAGCACAAUCCUAAAUCAGUUUCACUGAAUUCAGCACGGCUUACUCUUGAGUGAGUGGUGGAUGAUUACAGGCCAAGUAGCAGUGAAGGGCUUCUAGUCAAUAUUCUCUGCACCUCUGGAGUGUUAAUGCAAAGUGCUAGUGAGGAUGUACAUGGGGAUUCAAUUUUUAUAUAAUUUAAAGAAACACACAAAUGGCCCAUACUCUUAAUAGAACCUGUAGACUGUUGCUGAAAAGGGACAGUUCUAGGCUGCAGUUUGCCAGAGUUUGAUAUUUCAUAUCCAGGUCACAGAUCUAUGUUUAAGUGUCCUAUCCCUACUUGCAGUAAAUGAGUUGGAUCCGUGUACUCUGCCUUUUGAUGCUGUGGAAUGAAUGAGAGCAUUCAGCAUUCUGACGCACCUUGGCAAGCAACCAAGCUAUUUCCCCAAAGGUGUGGGAUACAAAGCUCUGGUGUGUGUUAGAUGUUUUUGCGUGGGGGUGGGGUGGGGUGGGGAAUAGUCAAUUAGCAUUGAACCAUGUUAUUGCAAUACAUCCUGUGUACAAAGAGUACAAAAAAUUAUUAUUGCCUGCCUUUGAACAUUUACCUAAACCAGGAUGGAAUUGUAUGCAAAUUUUCACUCCUCAGAGAAAAAUUGGGAUAUAGAUUUGAUAGGCAGCAUAUUACUAUUUACUAUUGGUUAAAAGUCUAAGCUGGAAGACAAAAAGUGCCUUGUUCACCUUGGUAAUUUAACCACUGUAUCCUCCUUACACAAGCUACGGUAUCUUGUUCUCAGAUCCACCAUCUGCUAUAUAGGUAUAGUCAGUUAUUUUUUUUCUAAAAUGUUUAGGGGUACAUUUUGACUCAAGAAAAUCACCAUUUUAUAGUUAAAAUCGGGAAAAAUAAGUACAGUAAAUGGACAAAAGUACAAAGAUUCACAAAAUGUUUCAGGGUAUGCGUACCCCUGUGUCCCCCCCAGAAAAAAGCACUGGGUAUAGUAAUACUGACCUACACAAUGCUAUUAUAUGGAUUAGUUAUUUAUUACACUUGUAUCCCAUCCUUCAUAUAAGCAUCUGAAGGAGGCAUACACAGUUAUUCCCCAAGCUUUAUCUUAAGAACAUAAGAGGAGCCUGCUGGAUCAGGCCAGUGUCCCAUCUUGUUCUCGCAGUGGCCAAUGAGCUGCUUCUGGGAAGCCUGCAAGUAGCACCUGAGAGCAACAGCCCUCUCAUCUCCUGCCCUUUGAGAUAGGCCAAUAUCUCUCAUCUCUGGCCCAUAGAUUACUAAGAUAGUGUAUAUGGAGCACUUCUAACAGUCUAAAAGUGCUACGUAAAACCUAGGUAUUAAAAUUGUCCUCCAUGGGAGGGUGGACUAUACAGUGGUACCUCGGGUUACAAAUGCUUCAGGUUACAGACUCCACUAACCCAGAAAUAGUACCUCGGAUUGAGAACUUUGCUUCAUGAUGAGUCACAGUUUCCUUUCUUUUUAAAAAAGAAGGUGUUUUCUAAGCAGUGCCUUGUCGCCUAUGCCCACUUAGAGUCCAUGGACAGAAUAUGCGUUUCAGCUAUGGCUUCCACUCUUUACAUUUUUAGAGGGUUUUUUUUUUUUUAAGUAAAAAAUAAUAAUUGUUUUGAUUAAUCAAGUAAACCAAUAUUAUGAACUCUCCUUGGGUGUCGUGUGUGAGAGUGCUUAUGCUUUUUAAUCAAGUGGGUUUCAGCUUGAAUUUUCAAUCAAUCAAAUUUGCACAUGCAUAUAUUUUUACAAGGCUGCAAUUGUUUUCUGUUGAUUUCCUUGGGCGAAAGCCCCAUUGAAAUAAUAAAAGGCACUUACUGUUGAAUAAGUUUACUCAGAAGUAGGUUUCAAUGAGGCUUGAGCCCAAGGAAAUCGGCAGACAAUUAGGCGUACAGGCUUCUCAGAAGCCUCCUCCCACAAGAAGUAGGGAUGACCAGCAACUUGGCUUUAAAAGAGGAUUAGACAAAUUCAUUGAGGAUAAGGCUAUCACAGCUACUAGCCACAUUGGCUAUGUUCUACCUCUGCUGUUGAAGGUAGAAUGCUUCUGAAUACCACUUGCAGGGAACUGCAGGAGUGGAGGGUGCUGUUGAGCUCAGUUCUGCUUGUAUGCUUCCCAGAAGGCUGGCUACCGUGAAGACAGGAUGGAGGGCUAGAUCAGGGGUCGGCAAUCUUUUUCAGUCAUGGGCUGGUCCACCGUCCCUCAGACCAUGUGGUAGGCCGGACUAUAUUUUGAAGAAGAAAAAAUGAACGAAUUCCUAUGCCCCACAAAUAACCCAGAGAUGCAUUUUAAAUAAAAGCACACAUUCUACCCAUGUAAAAACACGCUGAUUCCCGGACCGUCCACUGGCCGGAUUGAGAAGGCGAUUGGGCCGCAUCUGGCCCCCGGGCCUUAGGUUGCCUACCCCUGGGCUAGAUGGACCAACCAGCAGGAACUUCUUAAAACUUUCUCAAAAUCCAUCAUCAUCAGUGCUCCCCCCCCCCAGAAAAAUAGAUGCCAGUAUUUACCAUGAAGUUGUUACAAUAAGUGCCACACUUUUUAACAACAAAAAAGGUGCCAGCACUGCGUACCCCCUGAGUACCCCCUGGGGGAAAAAGCACUGAUCAUCAUCACCAUUUAUUAAACUUAUUAGUCACUUGUCACACAAAAAAUAUAGAAGGGAUCAGAUCUCCCUCACUAACCCUGGUUUCAUCAGUGAUGAUGACUCCAUUGCGAAAAGAAGGCCUUGCUUCUGCCGCGGAGCUACCCAUUGCCACCCAGAGCUCUGUGGCCUUUCCAAGUGUCAUUGUAGGAAAGGAAAUCUAGCCCAAAAGGUCCUGGUUUGCUUUUCCAAACAGACUUAGAAUGGCAGAAAGUUGGGUGAGCAACAAAGGUAGUAAUAGCAGCAGAAUGACUCUCAGCAGUGACAGAGGCAACAGAUGCAGGGUGGGGCAUUAUUGGCAGCAGGUAUGGUGGUUACUUUAACUCAGAAAGAGAUUGAUGCUUGUCCAGGCUGCCUCAGCUUCCAAGGUGACUUCCACCUUGAUGGCUUCAAACAGGAGGUUGUGGGCAGGCUGUACCAGUGAUAUAAGCUUUUCGGACUGCACAAUAAGCAGCCAGCUAAUCAGCUCAUCUAGAAUUGCACGUGUUUAAGUGGGGGUACCGCAAAUAACAACACAAAAACAAAUAACUUCUCACAAGUCUUGAAUUUAUUUCAGCUGGGCUUUGCGGCCCUAGUUUCAAUCCCUAGGUCUACGUUCCUUGCUUGACCAGCUUUCUGUCUGGGCCUUAUGACAGAAUACAAACUCAUCUCCAGUAUGUACCGGUACUUUGCAGUGUGUUCUAUAACAGACUACCACGUGUAGAAACAGAUUAAAGGACAACCUCUUCCAAUGACCAGAGAGUCUCUGAGGGAAAUUUCGCUUGCAGCUUGCUCAUUAUGGGUGAGAUUAGAUGAGUAAUCUAACUGCACUGUUCUGUAGUUGAAGAAAGGCCAUGUUUGACCAGUAGCUCAAAGAAAGAUUCUUCUGCAUAUUGAUCAGUUGGGUGACAGUAGCCAGUAAACAGGAAGGAGAUGUUUAGAUUGAACAUGAUUACAUUGCUGUGAAGGUAAAUAUGUCUUUUUAGGUCUGGUUCAGACAUAACAGGAAGCCAUGGUUUCCUGUUACAAGAAGAAGUUGUGGUGAGCUUUAUGUACUUUCUCCUCCCAGCUUUUUUGUUUUGUUUUGUGGCAGUAAAGAAAUUAGAAGCUUCUGCUUCUAAUUUUAAACAAACCACAGUUUCCCAUCAUGUCUGAACUUGGAACUGUGGUUUGUAUAAAAGUUGGAAGGGAAAGCUGCCAAUUUUCUCCUCCUGUGAAAGGAGAGUGAGGAGCACAUGAGCCUGAGACUUGUCCUGGUCCAUUCAUGUAAUAACAAAGCAUAGUUUCCUAUUACAGUAGUACCUCGGUUUACAAACUUAAUCCAUUCUGGAAGUCCGUUCUUAAACCAAAACUGUUCUUAAACCAAGGCACGCUUUCCCUAAUGAGGCCUCCCACCGCCUGUGCCCUUCCACCAUUCAGAUUCCAUUCUUAGACCGAGGUAAAGUUCACAAACCGGGACACUUCUUCCGGUUUUGAGGAGUUCGUAAACCGAAUAGUUCGUAAACAGGGCUGUUCUCAAUCCGAGGUACCACUGUGUAUCUUACAUCUAUGUAGAUUAGCAGCAAUAGGAUGAAAUAUUAUUCCCCUAGGCAUGUACCUUGCGAGAGUGACAGGUGCUCUCAUUUAGAGUAUUGAUCACUAGCCAGCCUGUUUAUGUGGAAGCACCAUAAUGACAAUUGCAGUGAUCUAGACCUUUGUGUUAAUUGAUUUGCAUGAAUGAACAUUUUCUGUAAUCAGCUUUCUUUCCUUUAGCCUCUGAUUCUUGCAUCUUUGUAAAUGUCCCAAUGGACCUUAAUUAGACAGAAAGGGUAGGUUUUACAAUCACUGGGGUGUUUGCAGUUUUUUUCAGAAGUGUUUCAAAUAUACACAAUUCCACUUAAAUGUGUGGUUCCCCAGAACGUAACCCAGAACAUUAAAAUAUCACAUGUUGCAAAUUGGGUUUCAACAUGGGGCUGCUGUUUUCAGAGAUGUUUCUUGCAACAGGUAGUGCCACCCUUAGCCAGAUUCUGUGGUUCGCUAGAAGCACUUAGAACACCCAGAAUAAUAAACAAAUGUUGGUCCCCUAGAACUGGAAGCUUCUGGGUGUGAACACAUAAAUAGUACAAAUGAGGUUUACUGUCUGCAGUCUUUAAGGUUACCACUUUUCUAUGAUUUUUUUUUUUUCAUUUUUAAAGGUUUAAUUUAUCACAUAAUGAUUAGUUACGCUUGACAGGAAGAGGUAGCCUUUACCCAGAGCCUGGCUCUGCUUCCAUCUGCUGCAUAUUGCAUGAGUUGGCUGUACCCCAGUUUUAAGGCUCAAAAUCAGCAAAUUGUUUCUCAGUUCCCCAGGUUGGUAUGAGACCAGAAAGACUCAGGUAGGCAAAGAACUGUAGAAAUGUAAGGUUGAAUGUUUAAUCUAAGUUCUUUCACAUCCUGCAGCUGCAAUAAAAACGGGUCUGUGUAUGUGAUAUACUUACUAUACGUGCUUGCUUUAUUCUGGCAUGCUACUUUGGUGUUACUUUUAAUAACAGCCUAUGCCAACCUGGUCUUUUGGACUACAACUUCUCCAUUCCCCUUAACACUGCCUCCCAAAAGAUGGUGUUGAGGGGAAGGUGGGAUGUGGCAUUUAGCUGCAGGAGCUGAAAAAGAAGCAGUCCAGAAUAGAAGUGCCCAUCUCCAAGUAUGUGAACAUCCACUCAAAGCUCUGCAGGCUUCUAAGUCUUGUGGAACUUUCGCAUCUUUGUCAGAGUUGUCUUUUCUGCCACUGCAGCUUUUUAGAAAAGUGAGUUGAUAUGAACUGAAUGAUGCAGAACCUACAGACAGAAUAAUUGGUGCUUUUUCAGGGGGUACUCAAGGGAACACAGUACCAGCACCUCUUUUUGUCGUUAAAAAGUGUGGCACUCACUAUAACAAAUUCAGGUGAGUACCAGCACCUAUUUUCCUAAGGGGAAAAAAGCACUGAGACAAAUUAUAUCAUAUUGUGAUGUGACUGCAAAUGUGCACAGCUCAGGAUAAGAGAGGGUUGGCAUCUUAAUAUUGUACCCUUGAGUGCUUGGAGCAAGAACUGCUUCUGCCUAGAUUAAUAUUUCCACCUAAAAAAUCCAUGGCAACUAUUGACUCAUGAUAAAGUUUUAUCAAGUGCUUGUUGCAUGCUAAUGCAAAGGAAGGAGUUCUUUGUUCUAACUGGAAAAAGUAUGUAUCCUUUUGUGACUCCUUUGUUUUCUGAGCUCAGGGUACCUGCAGUCUUUUCCUCCAAGCCAAAUGCAUGAACUGGCAGUUAUUGAAAUAUGAAAAUUGUCCUGAUUAGGACUCUGUCAAAUUGCCUACCGAGGGAGGCCAAGAUGCAAAGUUCCAUAGGACUGGUUUAUAAUAUUUAUUUUUAUUUAAUUAAUACAAAUAUAAUUCAAUGUGUAUUGAAUAAAGAAACAAAGAAACAACAAGUUUCAUGAAAAUGAAAACUGAACAUACACAUACACGAACAAAAUGAAUUUCCUCCACUUGGAUGCCUUGCAGGUUCAAAAUGAGCAAACUAGUUACUUGACACGUAUUAAAAAGCACCUUCUCUCAUACUAAUCCAAUGGGAUUUGCUAAAUGAGCCAGAGGUGGUAUGUGUGUGAUUAUAAAGAUGGUUAAAGGGCAGUAUUCAUUCUUCUUGGAUGCCUUUUAGAAGGGUGCAACAGCUGGUUGUUAGAAGGGUAACAAUCACAAAGCCCUUGACAUCCACAUGUUGCCUGGCCCACUGUGUAAAGCAGCACUGGCCAAGUACCUCAGUAACAGCAAGGCAACAAAGGACAAGACCAGCAUCCUGUUGCUACUUCUGUGCUGUAGAUCACCACCAAGCCCAUGUCAGUGGCCAAAGACUAUCACCAAUCUUUCCCCUUCCUCAGGAUGGAGGGUUUAGUCACAGUCUGGUGUGUUAUGUUUACUCUGAUGACUGUAGGUAAAAGCUUAAAUUCAAAAGGCAUUGGGGGCUGCCUUAUAAUAGAAGCUAUCUCAUGCACACACCAAACUCCCCAAACAUUUUGGCAUGCUGCUGAGACUUGGCAUGCUGUUUUCCCCAUUAGUCAUUAUCCUGAGCCUGCUGUGUAGGUGUGUUGAGUUUGGGUGAAGAAGCCAGCCCAGUUGUGCUCCAGCAUGAGGGUUCUUUCAGCAAUGCAGAGGAACAGCUGCCUCAGCAGAGACCCAAGACUGGAAUAAAAUGAGUAAAGAGUUAUUGAGAAGCUGUAAUUCUGUGGUUUGUGGGUGGAGAGUGGGAGUCCAGUUUUAACUCCUGCUUUACUGUGUGAGCAAGUGGUGUGGGACUUCCUCCCAUGCCACACUUAACUGUCUUGUUUGCUGUUGAUUCUUCAACACUGUAUGGGACGUACGAGAUCCUUCAUUCACACUGAAAUGAUUCUUCUGCAGAGAUAGCACUGGCUACCAAGCAUACUUGGUUCUAAUUGUUUUGGGUUGUUCCCCACCACCAGUUAAGUCCCUCCCCUUGAUUUUUUUUGUACUUCUGAAAACUCGGGGGUUCAUGGAUGGUUGUGCAUGGAUGGUUCCAUUGUGUGUACACCAGGAUCAGUACUUAGACUGAGGUCACUAUAAAUAUAUAUAUGAUUGAUUGUUGCAAAAGGACAUGAGAUUCUCAAAUUGACUUGAACUUUGAGAUCAUGAAAACUUGUUUUUCAGGGGUGUUAGAUUUCAACCUUGGCCUACUGUAUUUUUUGUCUUUACCCCUUUUUCAUACAGUGGUACCUCUGGUUAAGAACUUAAUUUGUUCUGGAGGUCCGUUCUUAACCUGAAACUGUUCUUAAACUGAGGUACCACUUUAGAUAAUGGGGACUCCCACUGCCGCUGUGCCGCUGCUGCGCGAUUUCUGUUCUUAUCCUGAAGCAAAGUUCUUAACCCGAGGUACUAUUACUGGGUUAGCGGAGUCUGUAACUUGAAGCAUCUGUAACCUGAAGCGUCUGUAACCUGAGGUACCACUGUAUUUUGCAAGGAAGCACCCUCACAAAAUGUUUUGGUCUACAUAGCUCCAUUGUUAUCUUUGGAGGUGGGGAAAUAGUGCUUCUUCAAAUCCUUGACUUUGUAACUCUGCUAAUUUCUCUCUCUGAUUCUUUACCCAACAAUGAUCAUCAGUGGCCAUAGGUACCUUUCCUACUCCAGCAUGAAGCUCCAAUACAUUGGUUUGUCAUACUUUGUAUGUUUGAGGAGCAGAGGGUGAGGUUUGGAGAAAAUAAUUUCCAGUCUGCAGAGAACUGGAUGGCUGCAGUGCGACUAGAGGAGGAGGUUAAUAGAAGAGGAGUUUCCUCCCCACCCUGUAAUUGUAAUUGAUUUGUCCUGUGGGCUCUGUUCCUUCCCUUUCCCUCUUAUUUUCCCCUUGCUGGAAGCAGCUGACCUUCUGGGCAUGUGUGUGAUUUUAGCUUUCCUCUGUUUUUUUUUCCUGCACUAGGAGAUGGGCAGAAUUUAUCAUCAGCUCAAUCUGGCACUGUGUCACACUUCGUGCUCCCUCACACGGAGGCUGGCGGCCUUGGCAACUGGACAAUUCCCCCUACUGCCAUAAGUGUGGAUGGCAACACCACCGUUGCUUCACAGUUAAAUCUCAGUAGCUCAGUCCCGGUUGAAUCUCUGGCACCUACUGUACACGGCUCCUUAAGCACCACAGCAAGACUACAGAACACAACGCAUGUUGCCAACAGUAGUCCUGACAUCCAUUCACUUCCUGCUGCAACUACAAACUUGGUAGAAGUGAACCAGACCCGUCUGAAUGAUUCCGAACCCAUCAGUACCACAGCCUGGGUUAAUUCCAGUACAAAUGUUACGGCUACAGAGCCCUCUCAGCCAAAGGACGUACAAGGUAAGACUUGGUAGUAGUCAACCACUUCCCAUGGAAUGUAGCUUAAUUCUCAAGCAACUUGGGUUGUGUACACACAACAUUUUGUUCUGCAAUCAAAGGAGACUGAAUGCUUGCGUUGUUUUUUUCUAUAUAGUCCUUGCACAAUCUAGAUCUACUGCAUAUUUUUAUUUCCCUGAAAAGUAUUUCUUGAGAAACUGGUUUCAUUCCAAAAAUAAAAGCUCAUUGUGGAUUGAUUCUGCAAUACCUCACAGUGUGUCCAUUUGAAACAAGAUGUAGGCAGUCCUGGCAGUGGGGGUUGUAUCCAUACCUGCCCAAUUAUGUUAUGGGUGUGCAUACACCAAGACUGCAAUCAUUGCUUCCUUCUUCAAUCACCUGGGGCAUGUGUGGGGAGGAAAACAUAUAGAUAGCCUAAUCAAGGGGAGGGUUUUCACCUACCCCUGUAGAUUGAAAGCCACAUGUUGAGGACAAGCAUAAAUGAUUCUCAACGGAGAAACACUACAUAUCUGGGUUAGUGAGUGCACAGCCUUGGAAAAUUUUUCAAUUGACUUUAUUAGGUGGAAUACCUCAGAAAGUUUUUUGGCUCUAGUUGUUGUUGUUUAGUCGUUUAGCUGUGUCCGACUCUUCGUGACCCCAUGGACCAGAGCACGCCAGGCUCUAGUACCUUAUCCCAUACCUGCCAAAAUUGGAGUGGAGAGAAUAGAACACAAUCUGAGUAGAACUCCCAAGUGCCUGGAAUCAUAAUUAGAUGUUUCUAUAACCUAGGCAUAAAUAUUACUGAGGCAAGGAAGAAGGGCUACCCCUAUGCUAUCCAUAUAAUCAGUUAUCAGUAAUUAAUAUAUUCAUAUAUGCUUACACAUAAUCAAGGCUUACAGUAUUUUAUAAUCCAUUUUGAAUCAAAGGGAAGCUGUGCCUUAGCUAACUGCAAACUGCUUGAAACAGCAAAGUUAGGAGCCGACCUUUCCCCUACAAACAUCCGUGUACCCUGGACAAGGGGAAGACGUGAAUCAGAGAUACUGGUACAAAAACCCCUCAGAUACAGGCUAAAUUAAUCCACAGAACAGAAAGAGCAAAACCACAAAAUCUCCAAACUCCCUGUCCUGUCAUAACUAGGGGAGAGGUUAGACAGAGCGUCACUGCAAGCAUCGGAAAGCAGAACUAGAACUCCGUGCUUGACCAGUGCUUGACCAGGAGCUGGUAGCGUGGCAAGGAGCUUGCUAAUUGGCUAAUUCUCGCUGACAAUAUCGUGAGUCCCUCAUGGUUGUCUCAUGAUCUAUGAUUUGCUGUGAUCUGCUCAGGUAUAAAGACCUCUGGAUUUCUGUCAAUCGGGGUCCCAGUUCCUUUUGGAAGAGAUUCCAAACUGGGUCCUUAUUGCCUGGCAAUAAACUUCACCUUCUUAUUCUCCAUUGCUGAGUCUGCCUGAUCCUUAUUUAACACCAAGCGAGUACCUGCUUACGUUCACGUGCUUCAUUACCUCUUCGAUGACAAUUAUAGUUCUGUUGACACAGGAUAUUUAUUCAAUCCCUCAUGUAAACUUCAGUACACUUUGAAAACCUUGCAGUUUUUCAUAAAAUGGAAGGCAGGUAAUUCUGGGUUGUUGUCAAGCGGUAAAUGGAGAACAGAAAGUCAGACAUCUGGGCAAAUGCCUUGCUCCAUAUAUAUAAAAAGUUAUGACAUAACAAAUUGGUAUAAUUUGGAUAUGCAGUAAAUUAAAAUAUAAACAAGGAACCACAGAAAGAGGGAGAGAGGAGUCUAAAUAAGUAAAUGAUUGUCUGCAAAGUAAAUUUAUAUUUAUUUUGUAUAUUGUAAAAGCUUAUAAGUGUAUUUUUUAAAAAGUUAUGGCAUUGUAACAAAAAUAGGGAAAGUUAUUUUCACCUUUCUUCAAAGGAUGAGAAAAUCACAGCAAGAUGUGCUGCAGGGUUCUAUAUGAUUAGCAGGAACCAUUCCAUACUGGGAGUCCUGGUGUCCAUGAAGGCAGAAGUCUUUCUCUGAUUGUUCUUUGACUACUUUUUAUUGGUUUUGGUGGCUUCAGGAUAAAGAGCAGUUUCUCUCAGGGAACAAUUGUUGACAGUGGGAGAAGGGGAAAGCUCUGUGUCUGAUGCGUCAGAAACAAAUGAUGCAAAACACAUAUUGACAUAGGCAUUGAUCAGUAGGCACCUAUCUCUGAUGUGUUUGGGCAGGCAAUUGAUUGUUGAUGCUGUAACGCUCCAAGAGAUUCCUCUAUGCACCAUGCAGUGGGGCUUGCCUUUGAACUUCCUUUUCCUGUAGAGGGUACACUAUGCUAAUUCACCUUCCCCCGCCCCUUGGGCCACAUGAUAAAAGAAGAGCUAGGCUGUGUACACGCCAUAUAUUUAAAGCACAUCCCCACCACCCAAGAAUCCUGUGAACUGCAUUUUGUUGAGGGUGCUGGGAAUUGUAGCUCUGUGGGGGCAAACUACAGCUCCCAUGAUUCUCUGAGGGGGGAUGAUCUCUGACCCCUGGCUUGUCUGAUAGAAUUGAAGUAUGUUUGGAACUAAAGAUUUGGUUUCUAGGAUUUCAGUCAGAACCCUCUUCUAAUUAUUUUGUGUAGAUCAGUUAGGACUCACUUUAGCUGUCUCAAUUUGCACCCUAAGAUUUCCAGGCUCUACAGCUUGAAAACCCAGAUUUUGCCAACUGACUAACCUAAGAACAGAUAUUUUCUGCACAACAUGUCUCAGAAAGCUUGCUAUUGUAAGACAAACUAUGGCAAAGGGCUAUGUGUAUCCACUAGUGUGUUUCAGCCAUUGAUGUAAAUCUCUUUGCAAGCUUGGACUCUGUUCUGGACUCUGGAUCUGCUCCAUCCAUGUCCUAGAAUUGUAGUAAUAGAGAGGAAAUGAUCAUGCUGGAUUAUUUUCAUUUAUUCUUGCACAUCAAAGACCCAGGAUCCUCGCUUGAUUCACUUGUGGGUGUCUCUCUUGUCUCUUUCUCCAGGGCCGACAUCUCCUUCCCAGCCAAAAGCUUCCACACUCAUCACCUCGGGGCCUACAGAAGGGAGACCAGAAACUAUGUCGGUGGCAAACCGUAAUGCUAUCACAGAGGGGAGCAGUGCUGAGUCCACUUUCGCUCCAAAUGCAACUGAUACGGAUGGAAGAGUGCUCACAGCGAGUGCCUCUAGCACUACCAUAUUAACACCAGGCAUUGUCUCCUCCACACUCACUUCUCCCAGAGUCCCACCAGUGGAAACAGAGCAACCAGCUAACCACGUGCAGAAGAAGGCCUCUACCACAGACGUAGGAGAUGGCGAAGGUACUCACUUGGAGCUCUUAUUCCAUGCGGGUAGAAACAAGGAUAGAGAGUAGUUUGGGAACUAGAUAUAUAGUGGAGAUGAAGGUAUAUAAAAAUGUUUUUGCGACAGAACAAGUUUUGACUUUUGAAGUGCCUAGUAGUUGUAUGGAAUUGCCAUUCUGGGCCGGGAGCGAUAAUCCAUGUUUGGCUGUCUGACUUUCCCCCCCCCCCUUCCUGCAGACCUACCUAGUAUACCAGAAGCCAGCCCAAUAGGUGAGGACCCUCUGGUGAUUGCAGUCAUCUUCAUCUUCAUUGUGACAGUGGGGAUCCUGGCUCUUAUGGGGUUCUUGCGGUACCGACAGCGCAGUGGCCAGCUGCAGUUCCGGCGGCUCCAGGAUUUGCCUAUGGUUUGUGCCCUUGAUUAAUCCUCCUCGGUUAGACCUCUAACCUGGACUUCACAGGCUCUUAUUAGAAGAUAGGAAGCUAACCAAUGAUCUGAUUUGGCAGAAGGCAGUCUAGCUCAACCCUAACUGGCAGUGGCUUUCCAGGGUUUCAGACUUUGGUCUCUCCCAGCCCAACAGGAGGUGGCAGGGAUUGAACAUGAGGUCUUCUGCAUUCAAAGCAGAUGUCCUACCAUGGAGUUAUGGCCAUUUUCCUUCCUCUGCCUUGAGUGCCCUGCUCUGAAACUAAGGUUUUUUUAAAAUAUACUUUUCAAAUAUCAUGAUCAGAAUGCAUUUGAAAAGGAUACAGGCUCCAUAGUGUUCGUCAACCCUAACUAGGGUAGCAUUCAAGUGUGACCUUUUGUGAAGGAUUCAAUUGGAGUUGGGAGGAAAACAUCUCUAGUGUCUUCUACUCCAUCCUUAAGGGUGAUAAUUGGAUGAAGGACCUCCAGACCACAUGGAGGUACCAUUUUUUUUUGGGGGGGCUAGAAAAUGGCACCAUAGAUUUCCCCCCCACAGUAAGAGUGACAAAGGUUAAGACCCCCCCCCAAUUUAAGUUGAAUGAGCUCUCCAGCUGUGGGCCUUCACAUUAGGGCAUCUCACCUGGAGCAUGGCCUAGAUGCCAGUACACAAUAAAUCUUAUCCGUCUGCCUCUCCUGAGGCUUCCCAUCUCUUUCAAAUACAUCAGUAGUCUGAUAACAGCAAGAAGGUUACUUCAGGGUGUCUGUGGAAUGGGGCAAGUCAUAGAGUGCAUAUUUGUAUACCUGAAGGAGCGUCUCCACCCCCAUCGUUCAGCCCAGACACAGAGAUCCAGCUCUGAGGGCCUUCUAGUGGUUCCCUCAUAGUGUGAAGUGAGGUUGCAGGGAACCAGGAAGAGGGUCUUCUCAGUAGUGGCGCCCGCCAUGUGGAAUGAACUCCCUUCAGAUGUCAAGCAAAUAAAUAACUCUUUGACUCUUAGAAGACUUCAGGGAAGUUUUUAAAGUUUGAUGUUUUAUUGUGUUUUUAAUAUUUUGUUGGGAGCUGACCAGAGUGGCUGGGGCAACCCAGUCGGAUGGGCAACAUAUAAAUAAAAUUACUGCUAGUGCUACUACUACUACUUGAGGCAUGGGCAGAGGGCCUGUGUGCACUGCUUGCUUUUAUGCCCUUCACCUACUCCUGCUCCUUCAAGCCUGUGCAAAAUUAACAAGGUCUCCCUUUCCCCCCUUUUUGCUUACAGGAUGACAUGAUGGAGGACACACCUCUUUCCCUCUACAGUUACUAAGCAGUUGGAAGACAAUUUUCCUAUUGUGAUUCUGAUUCUGACCAGCCAAGGGAGGUGUAAAGGCUUCUGACCGGGAAGAGCAUCCUCUGCAAGAUGCUGUCCUGAUUUCCCAUGACUAUAAAGUUGUGAGUCAGCUGACUUAGUCUACAAAGAGACUUGUUUUUUAUUUCUUUUUUGGGAACUGGCACCAGCCUGACCUAGUCCUUUCCCUUGUACCUUUGUGCUCCUUGUGCCUUGUGUCCAGAGCCAUACAGCUCUCGGGGAAAUGGACUUUCGUUCAGUGACCGCACUAACUCUUGUUCACAUUGCCAAGGGAGGCCUUGCUUGGAUUUUGAAGAGCUGCGCUGUGGGAUUCUUGCACAAGAAGUGAAGCAGCUGUGGGGGCGAGUCAGGCCAGCGCAAAACCGCGGAGUAUGUUACAUGUGAAAGGAGAUGCAACCCAACUGUGAUUUGGAGGGCUAGUUGGCUCCUUCCUUGAGUUUUACAUAUAUACUUUUAAAUUGCACUUCUAUUUACACUUUUUAUCAAUCGGAUCCAAAGGUGUUCCAGAGGGUCUAGCAGGAAAACAAGGAGCAGUGACCCCAUAUUUGCUAUAAGAGCCCUGAUCCACCAAAAACCAUUCAGCCCAUCAUUCUGCUUCCCAUAUUGAUCAGUCACAAGCCUCCAGGAACCUUGCAAACAGGGUUUGAAGACAUUAACCCUGACCCAAAGUUGUUCCCUAGCAAAUGGUCUUCAAAGAUAUUGCAUAGCCUUACUGCGGAAGAUGUGCUCCAGCCCUCCAAUUAUUGCUGUAUUUCAGCAGGAAUAAAAGCAGUUUUGAUUCAGACAACACUGUUUGGGGGAAGCAGUUUAUUUUUGGAGUUUCUCCAGAAAAUUCUGCCACUGUUCUUGGUACCAAGGUGUGGCACAGGAGAUGCCCAGCAAUUAUACCAGCCCAGUUGUGCCCAGACGCUUGUCCAACAACAGCUCAGAUCAAUGGGACACAUAUGUGUACUCAGUGCUGCCACUGGAAGCUGUAUCUAACUGUUGUAUCGCUUGCUUGUUUGUUAGAUUCAUAUUUAAAUAGUCCUGGCAACCGUCUGCGUGUGGACUCUUGGCAGUUACCUCCUGCUGUUUGCACAGAGCGUUCAUUCCCCACCUUGUCCUCUCCUGUUACUUCUUUACCCGCUAAUCCUAGAGGAAUUGCUUGUGCCUUGUUUGGAUGAAGAAAUCUAGAACCAAAGAUGGGGCAGACCAAUUAAGCUGCAGUGUCCCUUUUAUGUCUGCAUAGGAGUGUACCUUUUAUUUCUUCAUUUAAAAUUCUCUUUAUUCCACCCUGUAUCCUCUUUUCUCCAGCUGUUUUCUGUUUCUCCUGUUCUGUUUCCCCUCACUUCCUCCACCUGACAUCUCUCAUUUACAUCUUUAGCCUUCUGAAGGCUUUUCCAGAACAUAACACCUUUGUGUUUGGACUGUUGAUUGUGGGUCUACAAAUAAAUUGGUUUUCCUCUAAAUAGGCUUAUUUCCUUUCUUGCUUGAAGCUUCUCAAGUUGUUAGUUGGAUGAGAUAGGAGCCUUUGCUCGGGUU